CAAUCGUCCAUGUUCUCAGACGUCAUAGUACAGUAGUACCACCGCGGGACUCAGCCACGAAUCUUGUGGUAGGGAAGCGAUGCUCUUCAACAAAGAUCACAUUCUCAUCCUAAUGUGUACGUACGAGAAUCCUCAGCAUGAGGUCUUGAUUUUGGGGACCUAGCAACCUGACACACCCCGUGUAAGCCUCAUCUCCGACCGUACAAACUAACAAGCCGAUGGCAAGCCGUAAAAUGCGGCUUUUUAGGCGCUGGCUGCACUUGAGCCCUUGACUGCUAAAAUGGACUUGGACACUGAUCAGGAGGAAGCUCCUCUUCUCUGGAAAUCACCGGGAACAGCCACUAUGUAUGCCCUCACAGGCUUGACAACAAGGAUCAUACCGUAAACGGUCCUGCGUUACCGGUGAGAGAUUAUGAUGACACGAGGGGGCCACGCUGCAGCCUUCUCUUCCCCACCGGCGCUCUCCUGUGUUAUCGAAUGGUACAUAAACACACGUUCCGUGUCUGUUGUUUCUCUGCGAUCGAUCACCGACUUCAAAACCACCUUUUCUUUGUCCAGAUUAUCACAUUUUGCAUAUAUGCAUGACCCAUCGUCAGCGUUCACCGCUGAAGACCAACAACGCCACCCGUACAUCUCAUCCGUUCUCGAACCCAGCACGCAGAAAGUGGUCGCCACUGCUGGCGUCCGAAUUUACUAUGCGCCUUUCAACAAUCCUCAUUUGAACUGGAGCUACUCUAAGCUCAAAGGAAUCUUGGUCUUCGGACGCGACCGAGACACACACCAUGGCACGUCUCCUCCGAAGCGAGGCGGUCAUGGUGUGCGUCUCAAGGAGAAAUACUGGUUUCGUCUCGUUGACAUGAAGACCGAUCGUGUGGUUUGGACAUUUUCCAUCCCCGAGGUCUUCGAGUACACGAAAGACAAGCCUUUCUUUCACUAUUUCUCCGGAACGAGUCGCAUGUUCGGACUCUGCUUCGACGAAGACGAAGAAGCCAGCGUCUUCUACAAAAAAGUCUCGGAUCGGACGCGGCACCAUUUCUUCCAACCCUUUCUCUUCAAAUCCAGCAAGGACAAGAAAGAAAAAAAGAAGGCACCCAAAUCUUAUUCAGUGAGCUCUCGGCUAAUCUCCAGCCCCGCGCCCCACUCCUUUGUCCAUGUGGCCCAUGUCGGAAUCACCACUAGGGGCAUCAUUGAAUCUUCCAAGAAUAUCAAACCCGCCUGGUCGACGCUGAUGGCAGACCUUCAGGGUUGUGGGGUGGCACCUGAGAUCGUCAAAGACGACAAGGAUUUUGUGGAAGGGUUCAUGGCGAGUGCUAAGGCAAUGUCGGAUAAACCAACGGCUGUGCAGCCCCAGCCUCCAACUUCCCCAGUGCCACCCGAAAAGCGCAAAAUCCGAAGAAAAGCUGUUACCAUUCUCUAAUGCGUCCUUCCGUUCCGUUGUCACACUUAUCUCUUGAUCUUUCCUAUGGUACUUUUGACUCACUAAUACUUUUGCUUGUGAUUCUUGAAUGAUGUCUAUGCGCUAUUUCUUGUAUGUCAUGGACCACGUAUUAUUGGCACUGUAGCAGUAAACAUAACG